UCUUUUGGUUUUUUCUUUUCCUUGUAAAAUUUAAGAUGAUUUAAUGGCUCAUUUGUUGUAAAGAACUUCCAAAAUCUCUGCCUUUUAGAUUCCCUCCUGUAUUGUUUUCCUUCUUUUUGUAUUUGUCAGCCAUGGAAGAACUUAUAAUCUCUCCAUCUUCAUCUUCUUCACUGGUCUAUAUGACCCAGGAAACUUCACCUUCAACUCUCCAGCAGAGGCUCCAAUUUGUGGUGCAAAGCCAGCAAAUUUGGUGGACAUAUGCUAUAUUUUGGCAGACAUCAAACGAUGAACAUGGUCGUUUGUAUUUGUGCUGGGGAGAUGGUUAUUUUCAAGGCACCACCAAAGGUACGCCUCCAAAAUUAUUAAGCGCCAACAAUUCGUGCCUAGAAAAUGAAAGAAGAAAGGAGAUGAAAGGGGCCCAAACUCUCAUUCGAGAUAACCAUGAGGUAGAUGUGUCGAUGAUGGACGGCACCACCGGGGUCAGUGAUGCUGUAUGGUUCUACGUGAUGUCAUUGACUCGAUCUUUCCCUGCUGGAGAAGGGAUUCCAGGCAUGGCUCUAAGUACUGGCUCUUUGGUUUGGUUAACCGGUGCUCAUGCUUUGCAGUUUUACAACUGUGAAAGAGCUAUAGAAGCACAAAUGCAUGGCAUUGAGACAAUGGUCUGUAUACCAACUUCUUGCGGGGUUCUUGAAUUAGGAUCCGUAGAAAUGAUCAGUGAAAAUUGGGGUUUAGUCCAACAAGUGAAAUCCCUUUUCGGAGCUGAUCCCAUUGACUUGGUACAAAAGCAAUCAAGUACAGAUCCAACUCUAACCCCACCUUCAAUCCCCUUCCUCGACAGAAACAUCUCUUUCGCAGACAUCGGUAUAAUUUCCGGUGUUGAAGAAGAAGAAGAAGAUGUAGGUCCUGAUAAUGAAACCAAGCAAGAACACCACAACCACCCAACCAAGAAAUAUUUCACAAAACUUGGGCAAUCUUCUUCUGUGGACUCGGAGCAUUCUGACUCGGAUCGUCCAUCACUUGCCAUGAGUCAUUUAGAGCAGAAAACCCCACAGAAACGUGGAAGGAAACCCGGACUUGGACGAGAGACACCGUUGAACCACGUGGAAGCUGAGAGGCAACGCCGUGAGAAGCUGAACCACAGGUUCUACGCCCUCCGAGCCGUAGUCCCGAACGUGUCGCGCAUGGACAAGGCAUCGCUCUUAUCUGACGCUGUCUCAUACAUCAAUGAGCUAAAAGCGAAAAUCGAAGAACUGGAAUCGCAGCUUCAGAGGGAGUGUAAGAAACCUAAGGUAGAAAUGGUUGAUGUUACGGAUAACCACAGCACAACCACUUCCGUGGAACAGGAAGCAGCAAAGCCUGAUAAUUCACCAUCCCCUGCAACAGCAGGGUGCGUUGGCCUUGAAUUUGAUAUCAAGAUCAUGGGGAAUGAUGCAAUGAUUAGGGUUCAAUCAGAGAAUGCGAACUAUCCAGUUACUAGGUUAAUGGUUGCCCUUCGUGAUCUGGAGUUUCCGAUCCAUCAUGCAAGCAUGUCGUGUGUUAACGAGACCAUGCUCCAGGAUAUCGUCGUCAACGUCCCUGAUCUUGAACUCAGAAAUGAACAAGGCCUCAAAUCUGCUCUUCUCAGGAGGCUAGACCACUAAGUUUAUCUAGUAAGUGUGUGAGGUGAACAUCUUUUUCAAUGCUUUAGUUUCUUCCUACUGUCGCUUUGUUGGUUUGCCAAAUCUCACUCUCUUUAUUUAUUUGCGGUUUGGUUUUGUAUUUUUGUGUCCUGUGGUUUCCCUUUCGGGUUUGUUUUCUGCUUUGUCUUGUAUAAUUAAGAGAUAAAAUGAGCAAAUAUGUUUCCAACAA